UGGCCACUAAUGGAAGUGAUGAUAUGGCAUUUAGUAUGCUUUCGCUCUCCCCAUUAUUCACUGUGGAACGCGCGUGCUCAUAUGUGUUUUAAUUAUCUGGGAUACCUAUGAUCCCCACUUGUAUUACAAGUCAGGACAAACAGCGUGUUUCUUAAAUAGAGAUUAAGAUUUCUCGGAAGUUAAUAUGGUUCGUCAACAUGGUGGUCACCUGUAAAUUGUAAUCUGGGCAUUAACCAGAAAAAUUUGGGUUUUAAGAAUACUGUUGCACUUCGCUGGUUUGCAGGCGGGAUGGAGAAUCUGAGCUAUGACGAGAUGGGGUUAAUACUGAAACGGGUAAUCAACAGGAAUGAUAGGAAAUCCUGCGCCAAGGUCUGCAGUCAAUGGAGAAGACUUGAAGCCUCUACCAGGGAAUCCCUCAAAGUGUUGGACUCUCACCUCUUGUAUUCCUUUUUGCCAAGAAUUUCUCCCGUUAGACGCACCUUCUGAUGUAGGACUCUGUUCAAUAGCUAAUGGCUGUAGGGACUUGAGAAUUGUGUGCUUGAAAAGGAGAAAGGGCUUAGGCAAUGUGGGUGUCACAUCUCUCAUGAAAUCAUGUCCUAAAAUAAAGCAUUUAGACUUAGGAUUCUGCAACAGGAUAACAGAUCAAGCAUUGGAAGCAAUUGGGGCCAGUAAUUGCUUGGAAGUUCUUUUAUUGAAUGGAUGCAAAUUGGUCACUGACAGGGGAUUGGCGUCAUUGGCAUUAGGGUCAACUGCCACAACAUUGAAAAGGCUUGACCUGUCUUAUUGUGAUCGAAUUACAGAUAGGGGUGUUAGUCUUCUGAAACAUUUGUCCUGUUUACAAGAGCUGAAUUUGGAAGGAUGUGGGCAAGAAGUGACUGAUUCUGGAGGAAUGGAGCUUGGAGCUAUACAAACCCUAGAAAAAAUAAAUUUUUCAUUGUUGAUUAAUAUAUCAGAUGUAUCAUUGCUUGUUAUUGCCAGGCACUGUUCAAAUUUGAAAGAAAUCAAGGUCUCUGGUUGUGAAUCUGUCACAGGAGAUGGAGUUUGUGCAUUUUCACAACACAUUUCUUUGGAGGCGAUGGUUUUAGCUUGUUGUAGCAAUGUCCACAGCGAAGAUAUUGAACAAAUAGUACUUGGAUGCCCCAACUUAGGUUAUCUUGGAUUAGAUAGAGAUCUCAAACAUUGGAUUCCUGCCAGUGUAAUUGAGAGAAUUGAUGGUCGUUGUCAAAUAGAAUGGUUAUAAAUUGGUAAUAAUGCCCUUAAUUGAGAAGGGUUUCAAGGGUUCAGUUCCCAGAAAAUUGGUUCUGUUGAUUUGCAGGAAAAUUGCUUAUAGCUUAUCCAACAUAUGCUAUUAAAUUGUUUAAAACUGUUGUGGAAUCCUAUGAUUCAAACUUGCCAUCUUGUCUCCAGCUACUGAAUGCCAGUGCAUCAAAACCUAUUUAUAAGAUGUUUAGAAGUUGUAAGAAAUUUGACUUGUUAUAUUUAUUGUAAAUCUUUUAUGUGUUUUGAACACAACAAGGCUGUAGAAAUUAUUGUACAUUAUGUGUUUAUUGUACAUUUCCUUUAAAUUAUGGGUAUAUAUUCUUAGAUGGAAUGAAAAAAACACAAAAAACAAGAGGAAUCUUACUUGUUUCUGUUUA